AUGAAAGUUAUCAAGUCAUCUAAGACCGUUGAGAUCCCCGCGGGAGACUAUACAUGUUAUGGAUUGAUGAAUGGAUUGAUGAAUGGAUGGAUAGAAGAGGACUACGACACACAGGAUUACACAACAAACAGGUAUCUAACAUUCAACACAAUCAAAUCAAUCAAAUCAUCAGUCACCGUUCAAGUCAAAGGACGUGCCGUCAAGGUCACUGGCCCACGUGGAACCUUGAAGCGUGAGUUCAACCAUCUGUCCGUCGACAUCAACCUGGUCGGCAAGACCAAGAAGGUCGUCACCAUCGACCUCUGGUUCGGAACCCGCGACCAGAUUGCUUCCAUCACCACCGUUGCCAGCCACAUCGAGAACAUGAUCACCGGUGUCACCAAGGGUUACGAGUACAAGAUGAGAUUUGUAUAUGCACAUUUCCCAAUCAAUGUCGUCGUUGUCGAUGGAGGAAAGGUCGUCGAGAUCCGUAACUUCUUCGGUGAGAAGAUCGUCCGUCGCAUUCCUUUGCUCGAGGGAAUCACCUGCACCAGAACCGAGAAGGUCAAGGACGAGAUCGUCCUCGUUGGAAACGACCUCGAGAAGCUCUCCCAAUCAUGUGCCAACAUCCAGCUGCGCUCUGCCGUCAAGUUCAAGGAUGUCCGUAAGUUCCUCGAUGGUAUUUACGUCAGCGAGAGAAACGUCCUCGGCGAGAACUAA